AUGUUAAGCGGACCCGACGUGGUGUACUGCGACUACACAGCCUCCGGGCGCUCCUUGCAGUUCAUCGAGGACUAUGUCUUGCGCGAGGUGUUGCCCUGUUACGGUAACACGCAUACCACCACGAGCAUCACCUCAAUGCAAUCCACACUCUUCAGACACGAGGCGCGAGACAUCAUUCGCAAUGCCGUGCAUGCGUCUGAGCACGAUGCCGUCAUAUUCGCCGGCUCUGGCUGCACGGGCGCCGUGCACAAGUUGAUCCACGCUCUCGACCUGCCCGAGUCGCCAGUCGUCUUCAUGGGGCCCUACGAGCACCACUCCAACCUGCUGCCAUGGCGCGAGCUAGGCGCCACGGUGAGUAUUGCGUCCGUCUCCGCUGAGUGGACAAAGGAUGGGGAUCUUGGCGGGGAGGGCACAGGCAACUCCGGAGAGAUCACAACCCAAGGAUGGAAUGGGAUGUUUAAGACAAACAACCGUUGCUCUGAACAUCAAGCUCCCUCCUUACUAUCUCGAUGGACAUGGGCAUUGGACAUGGAGAGAAGAGACGUUGGCAAGGGGAUUGGAGUGAACAAGUGGGAUAAAGUAUCCGCCAGUCUGGCGAAAAAGAAAAAUAGCGGAACCGUCGCGGCGGGUAAGGCCUUCGGGUGGAACGCUUGA